UCCAAGUUUGGCGGCCAACUUGACACACCUUUUUGUUGUCAAGUCACGUGAUUUCCCAGAAAAGCCACACAAGCAUUUACCUGACGUGGCCACAAGGGGCGCUCUCUAGUGAGUCCAGUAGAAGACUUCUUGUCAGUUGACUGCUGCCACUUUUCUGUGCAGAAUAGCGUUUCGUUUUCUCUCCUCACUGUGACGUCACAGAAUGCUGACUCCUCAUUGGCUCAGGUGGAGUAUUAUAAAAAGAGCCUCGACAGUUCCUGGUUCAUUUUUCCUGUUUGCGAGUCAAGCGAGUGUUCGUCACUUUUGUCUUUCUCUGCGGGAUUAAAAGUGGCAAACAUCUUUUUGUUUCGCGCUGACAUCAUGAACUUGUUUUUAUUCUUUCUUCUGGUCGUGCAAAUGCACAGCGUGACGCCUGUGAUUCACACGCUGCAGUAUUUCUACACUGUGUCCUCUCAAGUUCCAAACUUCCCAGAGUAUGUGAGUGUUGGUUAUGUUGAUGGAGUUCAGAUUUCUCACUAUGACAGCAACAGCAGGAAAGCAGAAGCCAAACAGGACUGGAUGAACAAAAUCACAGCAGAGGAUCCAAAAUACUGGCAGAGAGAAACAGAGAUCGGUGUUGGUAAUGAGUUGAUUGGCAAACACAACCUUGAAGUUCUUAAGAAGCGUUUCAACCAAACUGGAGGUGUUCACAUUCUCCAGUGGAUGUUUGGAUGUGAAUGGAAUGAUGAGACUGAUGAAGUUAAAGGUUGGCGUCAGGAAGGUUAUGAUGGAGAAGAUUUCAUAACGUUGGACAUGAAGACAUGGACAUUUACUGCAGCAAAACAACAAGCUUUCCCCGACAAACUCAAGUUGGACCAGGACAAACAUCUACUAGAAUACUAUAAGUUUUACUACACUGAGGAAUGUCCUUCUUACUUGAAGAAGCAUGUGAACAAUGGGAAGGAGGUCCUAAUGAGAACAGAGCUUCCAGAGGUGUUCCUGCUCCAGAAGACGCCGUCCUCUCCGGUCAGCUGCAUGGCGACAGGUUUCUACCCCGACGGUGCCGACCUGUUUUGGAGGAAAGACGGCGAGCAGAUCUUCGAGGACGUGGAGCACGGAGAGAUACUCCCCAACCACGACGGAACCUUCCAGAUGUCGGUGGCGCUGAAAGUGGAGGUGACGGCCGACGUGGAGGGCAAGUACGAAUGUGUGUUUCAGCUGUCAGGCGUCAAGGAGGACUUGGUCACCAAGCUGGAGAGAAGAAGCAUCCUGAGCAACGCAAGCCAUGAAGACAACUUGAGCGUCGCCCUCGCUGCCACGGCGGCGGUCCUCGCUGUGGCGGCCAUCAUCAUCAUCAUCAUCAUCAUGGUCAGGCGUCACAGAAACAGACAAGCCCAGUACGAACCAGCUGCUCGCCACGGCGGCGUGGAGCUCGACGAGAACGUGCAGGCGGCUGAAGGCUGAGUAAGCUCACAUGGACUGUCUGCACCUCCAAAUGUUCUUGUGUGAAGAUGAUGUUCAACUUGGAUUCACCUGCUUCUGUCGGGAAUGUGCUGAGUGGUCUUCUUCCUCCAGGAUGCUUUGUGCACUGGAACACAGGGAGAUGUCUCCAUCGCUGAGGGACGUCAUCACACUCGGAGAUGAGAUGGAGAUGUGCUUUGUUCUUCGUCCGACUGCUCCUCACGCUAUUCCAUGUAUUCUUCUUUGGCCGUUAAAAGACUUUCAAGAUCAAACGUUGGUAGCUGUAAAAUCGCACGUUUCAUGGCCUUGACGUCAUGACGAGGAUUUCUUCUUUUCUUUCAAUGGCCGCUGCUUAUGAUCAAUAUCACAUUGUGUCACAUCUCUGUCAAUAAAUCCGUUUUUCCUCCA